GGCACUUUGCACUUGGAAAGAUAUUUUUCAAUCUAAUACCCACAGUAGUCGCUUGCUUUGCUUUCGAGAGAACGGUUGUUAUUUUUUUCAAUUAUUAAUAAAUAAUAAAAAACAUAGUUAGUUUAUUACAUCAAAAGAUUGAGAUAAAUUCAAAACAAUAGUUUUUAUUUUCUUUAUUGAAUUUACCAUAUUUGUACACUGUUAUUUUGUAAAUCUACUGCAGAGAGAUAAAUAAUUAAAAACAAAGUCAUGGCUGAUAAAGAUAUAGCAGCAAACCAGUUGGAAGACUAUAAAAAGACCGCAGGUGACGCUAUUCCAACGGUAACUACAGGAUUUGGUGCACCAAUUGGCAUUAAAGAUGCUAGUUUAACGGUGGGUCCGAGGGGGCCUAUACUUUUAGAAGACAUUCAAUUAAUUGAUGAGCUUGCCCAUUUUGAUCGGGAACGAAUUCCUGAACGGGUUGUUCAUGCUAAGGGAGCUGGAGCUUUUGGUUAUUUUGAAGUAACCCAUGACAUAACGAAAUACUGCGCAGCAAAGGUAUUUGAAAGUGUAAACAAGCGCACUCCAAUAGCAGUACGGUUUUCAACGGUCGGCGGGGAGAGCGGAUCAGCUGAUACUGUACGAGACCCCAGAGGAUUUGCAGUUAAAUUCUACACUGAUGACGGAAUUUGGGAUCUUGUUGGCAACAACACACCGGUGUUUUUCGUAAGGGAUCCAAUACUAUUCCCAAGUUUUAUCCAUACGCAAAAGAGAAAUCCACGAACACAUUUAAAAGAUCCAAACAUGGUGUGGGAUUUCUUUUCUCUACGUCCAGAAACUAGUCAUCAAUUUGCAAUUCUGUUCUCUGAUAGAGGUAUCCCCGAUGGUUACCGUCACAUGAAUGGCUAUGGAUCACAUACUUUUAAAUUGAUCAAUGCUGAUAACGUACCAUUUUAUUGUAAGUUCCAUUAUAAGACCGACCAAGGAAUUCGUAAUUUGGACGUGAAGCGCGCUGCGGAACUUUCUGCAUCAGACCCAGAUUAUAGUAUCAGGGAUUUAUAUAAUGCAAUUGCAGCAGGAAAUUUCCCAAGUUGGACAAUGUACAUUCAAGUUAUGACCUUUGAGCAAGCUAAAACAUACAAAGAUAAUCCAUUUGAUGUUACCAAGGUAUGGUCGCACAAGGAUUUCCCAUUGAUUCCAGUUGGAAAAUUGGUGUUGAAUCGCAAUCCAACUAAUUAUUUUGCUGAAGUCGAACAAAUUGCAUUUGCCCCAUCUCACUUGGUGCCAGGAAUUGAACCUUCUCCAGAUAAAAUGCUACAAGGAAGACUCUUUUCCUAUGGAGAUACACAUCGUUAUCGACUUGGAGCUAACUAUUUACAGCUGCCAGUGAAUUGUCCAUAUCGUGUGCCAGUGAAAAACUACCAACGUGAUGGUGCAAUGUGCUUUACUGAUAAUCAAGACGGUGCUCCAAAUUACUAUCCGAACUCAUUUUCCGGCCCCGAGGAAUCUCAACGUGCAAGAAAUUUACGAACUAGAUUUUCAACAACGGGAGAUGUCGACCGUUACUACAGUGGAGAUCUUGAUAAUUUCUCUCAAGUUACCAACUUUUAUGUUAAUGUUCUUUCAUGUGAUGAAAAGAGAAGGUUGGUAGAAAAUGUCGCUGCUAGUUUAAGUGGAGCUAUUCCGGCGAUCCAGGCAAGGGCGGUGAAAAACUUUACUCAAGUACAUCCUGAUCUUGGGUCACAGCUUACUAAGGAAUUGCAGCUAUUGAGUUCAGCUAAAAUGUAAUGUUUUUUUUAAUAGUUAGAGCGGUCAAAUAAUACAAAAAAAAACGAUAAUGUUAAUUAGUUAAACAAUAAAUUAACGUACGUACGUUUUAACAUUUAUGUUUUAAUAAUAUGUAGAUAUUUUAUUCGUAUGUAUGAAUGUAUGUAGAUGAUAAUAUGAUAACACGUGGAAAGGGUAUAUUUUUUAAAGGGUAUUUAUAUAUAUUAAAAGGCUCUGGUUCAAAAAUAAAAACUUUAUUAACUAAAUGUAAAA